CCCGGGGUGUCAGUGUGGAGGAGACUGAGUAUUCUACCUUGUAAAUACUGUUAUUUGUAUAUACUGUAAAUGAUGACGUCGGUGGGCACUAACCGAGCCCGGGGAAACUGGGAACAACCUCAAAACCAAAACCAGACACAGCACAAGCAGCGGCCACAGGCCACUGCGGAGCAAAUUCGACUUGCACAGAUGAUUUCAGACCAUAACGACGCUGACUUUGAGGAGAAGGUGAAACAAUUGAUUGAUAUCACAGGCAAGAACCAGGAUGAAUGUGUCAUUGCUUUGCAUGACUGCAAUGGAGAUGUCAACAGAGCCAUCAAUGUCCUACUGGAAGGAAACCCAGAUACGCAUUCGUGGGAGAUGGUCGGGAAGAAGAAGGGAGUCUCCGGACAGAAGGAUGGUGGCCAAACGGAAUCCAACGAGGAAGGCAAAGAAAAUCGAGACCGUGACAGAGACUAUAGUCGGCGACGUGGUGGGCCACCAAGACGAGGGAGAGGUGCCAGCCGUGGACGAGAGUUUCGGGGUCAGGAAAACGGAUUAGAUGGCACCAAGAGUGGAGGGCCUUCUGGAAGAGGUACAGAAAGAGGCAGAAGAGGACGUGGCCGAGGCAGAGGUGGCUCUGGUAGACGAGGAGGAAGGUUUUCUGCUCAAGGAAUGGGAACCUUUAACCCCGCUGAUUACGCAGAGCCGGCCAGUACCGACGAUAACUAUGGCACUAACAGCGGCGGCAGUACGUGGAACAACACUGGCCACUUCGAACCAGAUGAUGGGACGAGACUUGAUUUCAUUGGGGUUGAGGGGUCAGAUUAUCCCCGAAAGUCUGAGACUGCUCCUGGUAUGAUGCAUCCAGGUGCUUGGAGGACUGCAACAGAGGAAUGGGGAACUGAAGAUUGGAAUGAAGAUCUCUCAGAGACCAAGAUCUUCACGGCCUCUAACGUGUCUUCAGUGCCUCUGCCUGCGGAGAAUGUGACAAUCACUGCUGGUCAGAGAAUUGACCUUGCUGUUUUGUUGGGGAAGACACCGUCUUCAGUGGAGAAUGACUCAUCCAAUCUGGAUCCAUCUCAGGCUCCUUCUCUGGCCCAGCCUUUGGUGUUCAGUAAUUCAAAGCAGAGUGCCAUAACCCAGCCUGCUUCCGGAAACACGUUUUCUCAUCACAGCAUGGUGAGCAUGUUAGGGAAAGGAUUUGGUGAUGUUGGCGAAGCCAAAGGUGGCAGCACCACAGGCUCGCAGUUCUUGGAGCAGUUCAAGACGGCUCAGGCCUUGGCCCAGUUGGCGGCACAGCAUUCGCAGUCUGGAACCACCACCACCUCCUCUUGGGACAUAGGCUCUGCCUCACAGUCCCCAUCGCUGGUGCAGUACGAUUUGAAGAACCCAAAUGAUUCAACCGUACACAGCCCCUUUACCAAACGCCAGGCUUUCACCCCGUCUUCAACCAUGAUGGAGGUGUUUCUUCAGGAGAAGCCACCGGCAGUGGUUACCUCCACCACCGCACCUCCACCCCCCUCUUCUCCUCUGCCGAGUAAACCCACCUCGGCCCCGCAGAUGUCUCCCGGCUCGUCAGACAACCAGUCCUCUAGCCCUCAGCCGGCUCAGCAGAAAUUGAAACAACAGAAGAAAAAGGCCUCCUUGACUUCAAAGAUCCCUGCUCUGGCUGUGGAGAUGCCUGGCUCCGCAGAUAUCUCAGGGCUGAACCUGCAGUUCGGGGCUUUGCAGUUCGGGUCAGAGCCUGUCCUUUCUGAUUACGAGUCCGCCCCCACCACGAGCGCCUCUUCAAGCCAGGCUCCCAGCAGCCUCUAUACCAGCACGGCCAGUGAAUCUUCAUCCACAAUUUCAUCUAACCAGAGUCAGGAGUCCGGUUAUCAGAGCGGUCCAAUUCAGUCGACAACCUAUACCUCCCAAAAUAAUGCUCAGGGUCCUCUGUAUGAACAGAGGUCCACACAGACUCGACGGUACCCCAGCUCCAUCUCCUCAUCACCCCAAAAGGACCUGACUCAGGCAAAGAAUGGCUUCAGCUCCGUGCAGGCCCCGCAGUUACAGACCACGCAAUCUGUUGAAGGUGCUACAGGCGCUGCAGUGAAAUCUGACUCACCUUCUACUUCGGGCAUCCCCCCUCUCAGCGAAACGGUGUCUGCAGCUUCCUUACUGACAACAGCCACUCAGCACUCAUCCUCCUUGGGUGGCUUGAGCCAUGGCGAGGAGAGUCCAAAUGCUACCACCACGCAACACAGCAGCCCCUUAGCCACGCAGCAGAACACCCUUUCAUCAUCCACAUCUUCUGGGCGCACUUCUACAUCUACUCUUCUGCACACAAGCGUGGACAGUGAGGCGAACCUCCAUUCUUCCUCCAGCACUUUCUCCACCACAUCCAGCACGGUUUCUGCGCCUCCCCCUGUGGCCAGUGUCUCCUCCAGUCUCAGCAGCGGCAGCAGCUUGGGCCUCGGGCUCAGCAGCAACUCCACCGUCACAGCCUCAACUCGGAGCUCAGUUGCUACAACUUCAGGAAAAGCUCCUCCCAACCUCCCUCCAGGGGUCCCGCCGUUGUUGCCUAAUCCGUACAUUAUGGCUCCGGGGCUGUUACACGCCUACCCGCCACAAGUUUAUGGUUAUGAUGACUUACAGAUGCUUCAGACCAGAUUUCCCUUGGAUUACUACAGCAUCCCAUUUCCCACGCCCACCACUCCGCUGACUGGGAGGGAUGGUAGCCUGGCCAGCAACCCUUACUCUGGUGACCUCACGAAGUUUGGCCGUGGGGAUGCCUCCUCCCCGGCCCCGGCCACAACCUUGGCCCAACCCCAACAGAACCAGACUCAGACUCACCACACCACGCAGCAGACAUUCCUGAACCCGGCGCUGCCUCCUGGCUACAGUUACACCAGCCUGCCAUACUACACAGGGGUUCCGGGCCUCCCCAGCACCUUCCAGUAUGGGCCUGCUGUGUUCCCUGUGGCUCCUACCUCUUCCAAGCAGCAUGGUGUGAAUGUCAGUGUGAACGCAUCGGCCGCCCCUUUCCAGCAGCCAAGUGGAUAUGGGUCUCACGGAUACAACACUGGUGUAUCAGUCACCUCCAGUAACACGGGCGUGCCAGAUAUCUCGGGUUCUGUGUACUCCAAAACCCAGCAGUCCUUUGAGAAACAAGGUUUUCAUUCCGGUACUCCUGCUGCCUCCUUCAACUUGCCUUCAGCCCUAGGAAGUGGGGGGCCCAUCAAUCCGGCCACAGCUGCUGCUUACCCGCCUGCCCCCUUUAUGCACAUCCUGACCCCCCAUCAGCAGCCGCACUCCCAGAUCCUCCACCAUCACCUGCAGCAGGACGGCCAGCUACCAUAUUUGCAGAUGGUUCUCUGUUGCCAGCGCCAGCAGGAGGAGCAGGUAAUGAAACUGAAUGAUGGUGUGCUUGAACCCACUCCUUUCCAGCCCCCAUUUCACCUCCACAGCCUCAGGGAACUUGAAAAGGCUGCACGGUCACAGAUCAGGACACACGAACACAGACACCUUGCUGAGCUCUCUGGCCUCCCGUCCCUCUCUUGUCCUCCCCUCCCCAGUGCCCUCUUUUUUCUUUCUGCCCUUCCCUGACUCUGGAAACACUUGGUUACUGGCAUGGAAAGGAUUCUUGGGGCAGCAUCUGGAGCCUGGGGCCUCAGACUGUGUCUCCUACCUUGCCUGCAGUGGGCUCUCAGCGCUGCUGUGUGGUAGGGGUGGGGAGCUGUGGCGGUAGUACAGGUGACCUGUCCUCCAUCAUAGGCAGCCGGGGAGCCGGGAUAAGGGCUUCCUGGCUCUCAGAGACAGCUUCCCGACUUCAGGUAUUCUUGGGAUCAGUGAAAUCACCGUUUGAUCACUCCUCUCCAAGAGGCCAUAAUUCUCUUUAGAGAGAGUAGCCUUUUCUCAGAGCAGUGUGGGGGGGGGGGGGGGGAGACGGUGGGAUUGAAAGUGGGUAGGACUCAUUCACUGUCUUGUCUUCAGAAGGUAGCUGCCGUCUUUACACUGCUGCCCUGUUGAAAGGUUGAAAAUGCUGUUCGACCUAUCAGGUGCUCUAGCAGCUCUACACACCAGGUUGUCUGGGGUUGGGAAGUAAACUUCGGAGUAGUUUCUAAGCAGGGGGAAUGGGAGAGCAAGACAGUUUCCAGAUCUCCAUCUGAAGAUGUCACAGAUUUGUCCCACUAACUAGACACCUUUUUCCUCCUCAUCGUCCCA